AUGGAGUCGAAAGAAUUCUCCACCGAGCCCCUUCGAUGGCCAGUCGAUGGCACCGAGUCAAAGGAGCUCGAUCUGGCUUAUAACUCGGUCCCCUUGCUCCCUCACGACCCUAAUGCUGCUAAAGAGACCGGCGUUACUGAAGUUAUACACUUCCUUGGAUCUGUUGGGAUAGCAAUGACCCUCUUAUACGGUCUCAACAGAACUCAACUGUACCUGGAGCGGCAGCCACGAAUCAAGCUUGCUGACGGGAGCGAGGACUCUAGCACUCUGGGCGCGUUGAUGAUACUUCGGUGGAUUGGUGCUGCCUGGACUGGACCGCUAUGUCUGCGCGUCAUGUUCUUCCUUGCGGAACGUAACGGGGUAUACCGACACGAUAUAUCGUGGAUAAUCAGUUACGGGAUUCUCCCCCCCGAAGGCCUACUUGAGGCAUUCCCGGAAUUUCUUGAUCGGGAUGGUGCCAUAUCCUGGGUCCCCAAUAGCUCUACUCUAAAGCCUUCAGGGUCUUUGUCGAGUUACACUAUCGCAUAUACGGGACUGUUAUCGGAUACCAUUAAGCAAGUUGGUUGGGACUCGUACGACUUUCAUGCCAGCUAUGCCUAUAGCGCCAACUUCCGGAGUUUCUUAGUGAAGAAUUUGAACUUGCCUUGGGGCCAGAAGGUUGAAGAAUAUGUUUUUAAACGUGUUACAAGCUCUGUCGCCCGUCUGGACGUCAAUAGCACGGUCGAUAGCAUCUUUCUACCGUAUUUCAUAGUCAAGAAAAUCGAAUGGCUCUCAGGACCUGACAAUUACUUGAACCAAACAUACAACGAGAUGGUAAACCGUUCGGAUAUUUACCCUAACUUCCAUGAUGUGAUGUCAGAACCUCGGGGAGCCGCAUUAAUGGCUAACCUCAGACCUGAUGGUAGUGCCAACAUAACACAAACCUGGUCACUGCUUAUCAACGUCCAGAUGGACCACAUCAGAAGCUCCCCAUCCAUUCGCUGCAGCAACUGUACUUUUAUAGCCCAAAACACCACCAUACCUACCUUUGGAUACGCUCUAAAUCAGACAAAGGUUGGCGAUGUUAUUUACGAGUUGUAUGGCUGCUUCGCCUACGCCAAAAUAUCUUUUGAGGCAGGCGUUGGGCUGUGUCGAAAUUGUCGCGUCAGCGCAUUCUCCACGGUUCAAAAUGACACGGCAAUGGAGUGGCUAGAGGCAGGGCCGCCAGUCAAUGGCGCCGUGCUUGAAAUACCCUUCAUAUAUAUGGUAUUACAAGAUAUGUACAAGUACCUGCCUGCCAUCGCGCCGCUACGAGAGUCACUUCCGGAUCCAACCAGUGACCUCGAAACUUACAUCAAGGCGUUGCUCACCCGCUGUUACUCGAGUGUUUGGAACUCAUGGACUGAUUCCAUUUCAAGUGACCUUCCGCCACUAAAUUCAAGUUACGCCCCAGCACUUCCAACACUUCAAGCGAGCGUUAGCUCCACUCGAGUCUACGCGUGGCUCGUCCUCCACUUACUUGCCACACUCGCGGGCACGAUAUUCUUAUAUCUUGAAUUAUCAUCAAAACACCUACUCACGGGUGAUACACGUAUGGUUAUGUUCGACAUUGAUAGCACCGAAGUGCCUGUACCUAACAGGAAAGGCAAGUCCGGGAAGGAGGAGCUGCUCGGAAUUAAGCCAGAUGAGGAUAGAUGGAAAGUAAUAAUAGCAUCUGGCUUCCGAAGACGGGAGUAUAGUUAG